GGCACGUGAUUUCAGAGAAAACAAACUGUUCUCUCUGUCUCUCUCUCUCUGUGCGAUUUCAGGAAAAUGGCCGAGGCCAGUAUUUCAGUAGAUCAGCUUUCUGUGGACCAGUUCAUGUGUCCAGUGUGUCUGGAUCUCCUGAAGGAUCCAGUGACUAUCCCCUGUGGUCACAGUUUCUGUAAGGCAUGUAUUAAUGACUGCUGGGAUCAGGAGGAUCAGAAGGGCAUCUACAAAUGUCCUCAGUGCAGAGACACUUUCACGACAAGGCUUGUUCUCCGCAGAAACAACAUGCUGGAUGAAGUGUUGGAGAAACUGAAGAAGACUGAAGUCCAAGCUGCUUCUCCUGCUCACUGUUACGCUGGACCUGGAGAUGUGGAGUGUGAUUUCUGCACCGGGAGAAAACACAAAGCCAUCAAGUCCUGUCUGAUUUGUUUGACUUCAUUUUGUGAAAUUCAUCUGAAACCUCACUAUGAAGUUUCUUCAUGGAAAAAACACACAUUAAUUGAAGCCUCAGCAAAACUCCAAGAGGAGAUCUGCUCUGAACAUAAUAAGCUGAUUGAGAUCUACUGUCGUACUGAUCAAACCUGCAUCUGUUAUUUGUGUACGAUGGAUCAUCACAAAGGUCACGACACCGUCACAGCCGCAGCAGAAAGAGCUGAGAAACAGAGCGAGUUAAAGGAGGAGCAGAUGAAAUCCCAGCAGAGAAUCCAGGAGAAGCAGAAGAAGGUGCAGGAGCUGAAACAGACUGUGAACACUAUAAAGCUCAGUGCACAGACAGCAGUGGAGGACAGUGAGAGGAUCUUUACUGAGCUGAUCAGCUCCCUGGAGAAAAAGCACUCGGAGGUGACGGAGCUGAUCAGAGAUCAGGAGAAGGCUGAACUGAGUCGAGCUGAACGACUCCUGGAGCAACUGGAGCAGGAGAUUGCUGAUCUUCAGAGGAGAGUCACUGAGCUGGAGCAGCUUUCACACACACACGAUCACAUCCAUUUCCUCCAGGUAACACUCACUGUCUGAUCUACAGAGCCAGCUGUUCCUCACACACUCUCUAAAACACCUCUCAUUAAAGGUCCCAUGGCAUGAAAAUUUCACUUUCUGAGUUUUUUUUAACGUUAAAAUGAGUUCCUCUGACCUUCUUAAGUCACCCCAGUGGCUAGAAAUUUCAUAAUGUGUAAACCAAACUAUGCCCAACAUUUGAGAAUGGCGCGUCAAAACGGCGCGUUGAUAAGCUCUUCCCUUUACUACGUCAGCAAGGGAGAUGAUCCCCACGCCCCCCCUCUGGAUUCCCACCCACUGUAUGAAUUGCCCGCCCAGUUGUAGUGAGGAGACCAUAGAGGACACAACAUGGCAUCACCUAAGCGAGCGAAACAUGGAAAUUGUGCUGUACAUGGAUGUGACAACACAGAAAAGAGUCUGUUUUUACUGCCGACGGGAGAGCCCCUGAAGACGCAGUGGCUUAAUUUUAUUUACUUCAAUAAUACGCCGUCGAGUCUACCUAAGACGGUGUAUGUUUGUCGGAAGCAUUUUCCUGAGGAAUGUUUCCACAACUUGGGACAGUACAGGGCAGGUUUUGCACAUCAACUGUCACUGAAGCCUGGGUCCGUACCAAGCAUCCCUGCCGCAUCAGCCACAAACAGCGAACAAGUUUACCGUCCAAACGAGAUCACAUGGGAUUAGCUUUCACAGGUGAGACUGGAAAAAUACUUUGUAUUCAUUCUGAAGGUUUAUUGUUAUUAAUAUUGAAUAAAAAGUAACUGGGAUAUAUCAUUGUUAAUUAUCAUUCAAAUUUUAGGUAAAUUAUUUUAAUUUGCAUCUUAGACAGAUUUUAUAAGGGAAAUACGGAUUUUGGAGGUUGGUUAUACAGGUUUGAUUGACCAAAGGUUGACAUGUAUGCUUCUCUCUCGCCAUAGUAAGACACCCACAUCCGCUUGUUCUGACCCACUGGAGGUAGCGUCACAGUGCUGUUAGCCAAUCAGAGGUAACACGUUUACAUGUCAUGAAUAUUAAUGAUAAGACCCGCCCCCACCCUCUACCCUUCCCCGCCUCCUGUUUCUCAUUAGCAAAACGACGCACUGGGAAAAGCGCUGAAAUGGGGCUUUCUCCCAGGAGGCUAUAUCUACGUGCCGAGGGUUCAUUUCAAGAAAGGCUGCGGAUAUAACAUCCGGAAACCUCCACGAGCCCGUUUAAAGCAUCAACAAACCACCAUGCCAUGGGUCCUUUAAGGGAACAUUAAAUGUCCCUGUCUGACAUCACAAGUGGGUUUUACAUUUCAUUUCCUUUCUGUAGGUUUUAGCUUCUGGACGUCAGUCUCCUCGGUGGAACAGACCAAAUUUUCACACCUCCAGCGUCACUGUCCAUCAACAUCUCUCAU